AUGAAGGCUGUCCAACUUGUCCAGUACAAGAAGGAGUAUCAGAUCCGCGAUGUCCCUGUACCAGAGCCGGGCGAGAAUGAUCUGUUGAUCAAGAUUGCUGCAGCUGGAUUCUGCCACACUGACUACCAAGUUUGGGAGGGCGUUUAUAAGUCGCCGACGCCACUCAUUCCGUCGCACGAGCCGGUCGGUACCGUUGUCGCAAUUGGAGCUGCUGCUCAGAAGUCCGGCAAAUGGUCUAUUGGAUCUCGUGUUGGGGCUCUCCUGUUUCGUCAUCCUUGUCAUCAUUGUGUUGGAUGCGAGUCGACCUCGGAUGUGCGUUUCUGCAAGAACAACGAGACGGCUGGACUGUUGAAUGACGGCGGCAUGGCUGAGUAUAUGAUCGGCGACGCAGACGACUGCGUUUUGUUGCCCGACAACCUCUCCUUUGAACAAGCCGCACCUCUGAUGUGUGCAGGGAACACCACUUGGGCUGCUUUGGUGGCCGCGAACGUGGCACCUGCUGCGCCCGUGGGUAUUGUCGGAAUCGGCGGUCUUGGUUCUCUGGCCGUUCAAUUCGCGAAAGCCUUGGGUCAUCCGGUCGUCGCUGUGGACAAUCGUGAAGAAGGUCGCGCCCUUGCCACGGAGCCCACUCUCAAAGCAGACCUGGUCCUGGACUUCGGAGACUCCGAAGCGGUGAGCAAGAUCAAGUCUUGGGCGGGUCGAGACGGUCUUGCUGCUGUCAUAGUGUGCACAGACAAUGUCGAAGCUACCGAAUGGAGCCUCAAUACUCUGAGACCACACGGUGUAGCUGUGCCACUUGGCCUGCCGACGACAGGGUUCAAGUUUGAUGCCUUCACGGUGAUCUUCAACGAAAUCGUGAUCAAAGGGUCGCUAGUCGCCACCAGGGAUCAAGCUGAAGAUAUGUUGAGAGUCGUUGCAGACCAUCAGAUUGAGAGUCACCUCACGGUCGUCUCGUUCGACGAUGCGCCGAAGCUGCCUGACAUGUACAUGUCAUCUAACCUGAAAGGAAGGCUCGUCUUGAAGGUCGGGUCAUGA